AUGACAGAUAAUUACAAAGGACUCUUACAAGAGAUUUGUCAGAAACAUCGAGAAGGUGUUCCCAACUAUACAGAAUGUCAUCAAGCUCCUGGUCCAAAUAAUUCAAAUAUAUUCACUUCACAGGUACAUUGUCUGUUUAGAGGUACAGAUCUUUCGGGUGAGGGAAAGGGAAAGACAAAGAAAGAUGCUGAAAAGGCUUCUGCUCUUAGUGUCAUUCAUCAACUAUUUAUACUCUUUCCUGAAAUUAAACCUACUUCUUUUAAUUCUUCUCCCUCUUCUCCCUCUUCCUCCUCUGAUCCUUCAUCUUAUUCAUCUUCUUAUACCUCUUCUUCACCUUCACCUGUGGCCAAUCAUUUUGUCCCUUCUUCUUCUUCCUCUUACUCUGCUUCUGCAACCUCCUCCUCCUCUUCUGUACCAUACACACAUACUAUAUUUAGUAUACCAACUACAUCAACUACAUCAACAACAACAAGUACCACAUCAGCUACUAUUAUAGAAGAGAAUGAUACCAUUUCAUCAUCACCAUCUAUUACACCACCUCCAACACCUCCAUUUAGAAGUCAUGAAAGACCAACUACACCUACAUCAUCGUCAUCUACCUACUUGUACGAUGAUCAAUCAUCAACGUCAUCAUUUAAUAUCGACUCUUCCAAAUCAUCAAGUUCCUACACACCAACAACAACAACAACAACUCAACAACAACUUCAAAUUGAUGCACUUCAAAAAAUAGUAAAAGACCAACAAUUAAAGUUUGCCAAAGAGAUAUUUGAGAUGAAACAAAACCAUGAACGUUCCAACAAGGUACUGGAAGAUAGAAUAGCAGAGAUGGAAAGAAAGUUUGAAGUCGUAAAAGAAUUUGUUGAUCACAAACUCAAACAACCUAAAAAGAAUAAUGACAAGACUCAUUCCUAUAAGAUUGUCAUGGCUACAUCUACUGUAGAGAAACCACCAAUUCUUUCUCCUUCUUCUUCUUCCUCCUCCACUUACACUUCCACUUCCACUUCUUCUCGUACAUAUGGAAGACAACAACAAUCAACAAUCAACUAUCAAAGUGUGGUACAUCCUGAAAUUGCCAAAAUUGACAACAACAAAGUACCAGAGACGAUGAAUUUCCUUGUCUAUCAUCUUGUCGUUUCUCAUGGUUUCCAACCAUCCAACUUUUCACAUCUCGAUCGUAAAUAUCGACACAAUGGAUUUGUACUCUACACUCAAGAGAUACUUCAUCGAAAGCCUGUAAUACAUAUAUCCAAUGCUGCAGGACAACACUUUGGAGUAACAGUCAUCCAGUCAAAGCAGGUUAGUGUCAGUCGAUCCGACUUUCAGUUUAUGCUCACCUUUUUUAACUUUUUCUAUGGUCCAGUGCUCGAACAACACUACAUGCCAACCAAUGAAAACGAUCGUCACUUUUUCGUGCCAGAUGUAGAACCAGCCGACACUGCUCCAGGAAGCAUGAGUGUUGGUGAAAAGUUCCGUAUCCUCUUUGAUCUCAUCCAACAAAUCGAUGUCUUGGGUGUCUGUCCUCCAGGUAUAAAAGACAAGAACCAAAUGGUUGAAUUCUUUAAAGAAAGAUUCCUCAACAAGGUUCAAAUGACUGCUCGUGGUGACUUUGUCGUUUGUAGAGGUGUCGACCCAAAGAAAACAUUCCGUUAUGACUCUGUUCCAUACAAGGUCAAACGUAUGGAUGGUAAGCCCGUCCCUCUCGUCAGUAAUGAAGCACCCAUUAUAAUGUGUACUCAUACUGGUGCAUCGCUUGGUGGUGAAGAGUACUGGUCUCUCAAACCUCUUCUCUACUUUAACAAGGAUGGCAAUGAAGAGGAUCUCAGUCGUUGGAACAUUGAUCCAUAUCUUCCCAAAUCUGAUGUUGCCCCACGGGAACAUGCCCCUGUUCGUGAUGCUCAUCUCGAGGAACCCAUUCAUUUUGAAGACUAUAUCAGAAAGAGAAAGUUACAGGAGCGUGAUCCACUCGUCCACAAAGUCUAUGGCAUUACAAGUGAAAUGCAUGCAAUGGCCAAGGUCAUUGUUCUUGUCUAUCAACCAGAACUAAAGUGGUGGGCAAAGAUGUAUGAAUUCCAAAAAUCAUUUGUCUCUAUCAAGAAUGACCUUUUACUCAGACAAGUAUUCACUCAUCCAUCGACCAAGAUGAUCAACUCUCUUGUACCACAAUCGUACAAUAUAUUUAGAGACUAUUUGCCUUUUGAUGGUGACAAUCAAAGAUUAGAGUUUUUGGGUGACUCUGUACUCAAGUUUUGUACAACCUACUAUCUCUACUUUAAGUAUCCACAAUUAAGAGAAGGUCAACUCACUUCCAAACGUAGUGAGAUUACAAGCAACAGUUAUCUACUCUCAAAAUGUGAACGUUGGAAUGUUGUAGAUCUGCUUCGUUUUACUGUCACCGAAGAUAUGAAAAAACCAAAGGCCGAUGUCAUGGAAGCAAUCUUUGGAGCUCUCUUUAUUGAACGAGGUGUAAAAGAAGCAUAUCAAUUCAUUGUUCAAAAUAUCUUUCAAGAUCCUGAAUUUUCUCAAUUCCCAGAGUAUCUUUGUAGUUGUAUAUCUGAAUUACCUCCAAGUAGAAGACAAUCUAAAUUUUUAUUUGAUUUAAGAAUCAAUAUUAAAAAAACAUGUCUUUUCCAACAGAGUAUGACAUGUUCUGGUGAUUUGGAUAGUUAUGAAAGAUUGGAAUUUUUGGGAGAUGCAUUUUUAGAUUUGGUGAUUAGUAAACAUCUCUAUGAUCAAUUCCCAGACAAACAAGAAGGCUUUUUGUCAACAGCUCGCGCUGGACUCGUAAAGAAUGAGGCAUUGGCACAGAUCAGUCAAAAGAUUAAUCUUAGUUUGGCCAUUUCAGAUCCACAUAUUCAUUUUACAGUCAAGAGAUUGGGUGAUCUCUUGGAAGCAUUUAUUGGAUGUCUUCUUUUGGAUUGUGGUAUGGAAAAGACUAAAUAUUUUAUUCAUACUCAAUUCAAUUUAGCUUCAAAAGACACUGUCCUUGAAGCCUAUCGUUUAGAGUGUAUCUCUUCAAAACAGUUUCAGACAACUACCACUUCUACCACCUCUACCACUUCAACUGCCAUUCCUUCAUCACCACAACAAUACAAUGGAAAUAAUAAUAAUGAUAAUGCUAAUAGCAUCGGAAUCGAUUCUGUCAUUGAAAGUUUCGAUGCAAUUAACAUCAAACAACAACAAAAUGGAACAGAUUUUGAACAAGAAGAUAAUAGUAGUGAUAGUUCUUUUGAAUCUGAUGAUGAUGAUGAAGAAGAACAUAAAGAAAUUCAAAUUAUCAACAACAACAAUAAUAAUGAUGAUAAUAAUAAUAAUAACAAUUAA